GAGCACCCAGAGGGACGGGAGGCAGCCGCGCGGCCCCGAGCUGGGCAGGGUCCGCAGCCGCCAUGGAUAGCGACGACGAAAUGGUGGAGGAGGCGGUGGAAGGGCACCUGGAUGAUGAUGGAUUACCGCAUGGGUUCUGCACAGUCACCUACUCCUCCACCGACAGAUUUGAGGGGAACUUUGUUCACGGAGAAAAGAAUGGACGAGGGAAGUUCUUCUUCUUUGACGGCAGCACCCUGGAGGGAUAUUACGUGGACGAUGCCCUGCAGGGCCAGGGAGUUUACACGUAUGAGGACGGGGGCGUUCUCCAGGGCACGUAUGUGGACGGAGAGCUGAAUGGGCCAGCCCAGGAAUACGACACAGAUGGGAGACUGAUCUUCAAGGGGCAAUAUAAGGACAACAUUCGGCAUGGAGUGUGCUGGAUAUAUUACCCAGAUGGAGGCAGCCUUGUAGGAGAAGUAAAUGAAGAUGGGGAGAUGACUGGAGAGAAGAUAGCCUAUGUGUACCCUGAUGAGAGGACUGCUCUUUAUGGAAAAUUCAUUGAUGGAGAGAUGAUUGAAGGAAAACUGGCUACCCUUAUAUCUACUGAAGAAGGAAGGCCUCACUUUGAACUGAUGCCUGGAAGUUCGGUGUACCACUUUGAUAAGUCGACUUCAUCUUGCAUUUCUACCAAUGCUCUUCUUCCAGAUCCUUAUGAAUCCGAGAGAGUUUAUGUUGCUGAAUCUCUCAUCUCCAGUGCUGGAGAAGGACUGUUUGCAAAGGUAGCAGUGGGACCUAAUACUGUUAUGUCUUUUUAUAAUGGAGUCCGAAUUACACACCAAGAGGUCGAUAGCAGGGACUGGGCCCUGAACGGGAACACCCUCUCCCUCGAUGAAGAAACGGUCAUUGACGUGCCUGAGCCCUACAACCAUGUAACCAAGUACUGUGCCUCCUUGGGACACAAGGCAAAUCACUCCUUCACUCCAAACUGCGUCUACGAUAUGUUUGUCCACCCCCGUUUUGGGCCCAUCAAAUGCAUCCGCACCCUCCGAGCUGUGGAGGUCGAUGAGGAGCUCACUGUUGCCUACGGCUAUGACCACAGCCCCCCGGGGAAGAGUGGGCCUGAAGCUCCCGAGUGGUACCAGGUGGAGCUGAAGGCCUUCCAGGCCACCCAGCAGAAGUGAAAGGCCUGGCUCUCGGCUUCAGAGACCUGGAAUAGAAACUUGGAUCUAUGCACUACGUUUAUCCGACAACGGGACAACCAGGGACUGCUCAUGCUGUGACAUCACAUCCUCUCACUCUGCAACGACUUUCUCGCAUACUAACUAGGUUUGACUGUAUUACUCAUACCAGAUUUAAAAUUAGCUAGCCUUGCAACAACGUCCUACUGAGAGGUAUUGUCGAGCACUUGACAUAAGACAGCGUGAUGUUCUUGGGUGGUUCAAGUCUAAAUCUGUACCACGUUCAGAGAUGCCAAAUGAUUAGACUGAAAAAGGGAAAGGGGAUUUUUCAGUCAUUUUUAGUCAGUGGUUUUUCCAUGAUGUUUUUUCCUACGGCCAAUGCAAACUGUUCUCAUGCUUGCAUACGUGCCGUAUGGAGGCUGGAGAAUUACUACAUUUUUAUUCUCUAAAUGUAGUAUAAUUUGCCUUUUAACCUUUGAUCUGUAUCUUGCAAUAGAAUGGCUUUGUUUUUUCCCUAGCAAACAGAACCCCACUUUUUAAGUCAUUUCACCCCUCUGUCCUAUUCUCUUAGAUAUCUUUCACAAGAGAAAACUUCCAAAUGAAUUUUGUGUCUGUGCCAGUGUGUAGGUCUCUCUGGCUCUUUCUAUCUCAUCGUUUCAUUAUUAUGUCCUAAUAUAAAGAACUGGCUCGUAGGGCCGGGGUAUUAUUAUAGAAUUAUUAUUCUCGCAUGUAAACAAAGAUAUCUUUGCUUUAAGAUGUGAGAAGAAAUGAAUUUACUUUGUUUGCAUUAAGUUAUGGAAGAGUUGUAAUAUAUACUUUAAGAAAGAAAAGAGGGAAAUUAGUAUUUCUAAGCAGUAACUGUGGCAAUUUUGCAAUAUCUACGAUAGUGCUAGUAAUUUUUUCUCCUCAAGUACACAUUAAAUGUACAUAAGAUAGAGCAGUCUGGCUUGUGGCCCAGUGCAUUGAAUUCAAAAGUCAAAUAGCAAACUUGCUUUCUGACACAGAAUUCAAACGUUGAUUUUUUUUUAAUCGCUACUAUUAGGAGAGACAUACUGGUCACUAGGUACAAAUCAAACCUUAAUGCUAAAACUCGUAACCAUUGUAAUUUCAAAACACUUACCUGCUUCAAAGCGUUGUGAAUUAAGAAUAGCAUCUGUAUAGUUUAAAAGCAACGAUAUCAAUAGCAUUUCAGCCAUUUUGCAAGCCAUAUGUGUAAUCACAACUGCAGAAAUAAGGAGAAAACCCCUGUUUUUUAGUUUAGCUAAUUAGGUAUGUAACAUAACUGGGAUUGCUCUGAAUGAAUUCUGAGAGUUUUGGGUUUUUGUAAGCACCCUCACCACAUGCCAUAGCUGUGUCUUCUUUCGAUGCCUCGAUGAGGCAGCUGGGAAGCCUGGAGAGCAGCAGUUGCUCCGACCUGCCAACUGUCCAUGGUGGCACCUGUUGCCUGAGCCAGUUUGGUCUUGAAAGCUAAAGCCUUCCAAGCUAUAGCCAAUAGUGAGCUCUGGCUGAGUAGAGAAGGCUUGCUGGGAGUGGGAGAAGAGUAAAGAAACAGACAGAAGGAAGUUUGCUGUUUCUUGUCAGUUACACAUGCUCUUAGGAAGAAUUUAACAGAAGUGCUUGAUCCAGGGCUGCUCACAACUUUCAGUUCAGGCGGCUCUUGGGCACACGGAAUUGAGCCCUCAAGACAGUGACAGAAGUGGCCCUUCCCUCUUUGCAAGGCGAGGCUUCCAGGAGCUUCCCUCUCCCCAGCAGAGCAGGAACACACGGCCCGUGCAUGUGAUGCAUGCGGUGCAGCUAGGUGGCAGUGGUUUCAGGGAGACAAGCUGAUGGUUCACACGUGAGAAGUUGUCAGGGUUGCCAGAAAGAUCUCCCACAAAGGGAACUGAAUAGAGUUUUAGAUUAUAUGGCACCAGGAUAGGAUCGCUUCUAUUCUGUAGAAAGAGACCGUUCUGUAAACUGUGACAGAUGGGCAGAGUCUUGGGACUUGUGUUCUGAUAGGUGCUUUAAUUCAAAUGCUCCCAAAGUGAGUGACUAUCUUCAGGAGAAAGAUGGCUUUAAUUAACCCCAGUCCGUUGGGUGGUGGGAACCAGGUCCAGGAGCGAGGUCAGUGAGAGGGCGGCGCAGAUCACGCCUCCAGAGCAGCUACGCUCUGAAUGGUUUCAUUUCUGAGGGCCAUAUUGCUCUGGUGGAGGCUGCAGUGGGGUAUAAUCUCUGUCCUAAUGGGCUACUCUAAUUACCCCAUUCAAAUGGAAUUUUUUUUAAGAGUUGUAAGUAGUGAUUAACCAACUAAUCCGUUUUUCAGUUAGGUGUUGAAUGAUAACACUCUGAGUUUAAAACCCAGCUGCGUGUGUGUGACCUUCAGACAAAUCAGAGAAAAGAAUACACCCAAGUUGAGCAUAUCUGUGUUUCUGCCUCCCUCUUCCUGCGUCUUCUGGCUCUUCUUUCUCCUGCCCUGUGUCCUUCCUCUUUCUCUCUCAUCUGUGAGAACACCUGGGUGUCUGCAUGUAACGACACCCCCAUCUGAUCUCUCCAGCUCGGUUGCCCUCUCUCUCUCCAUAUUGGGAGCUCCUCUCCUCUCUAGCUCGUCCCUCUGGCUGUGUGUACCCUUUGGACCCUCUGUGUGUACCUCUCUCCAUUUACCCUGUGUCCAUGUCUGGCUCUGUCACUCCUGCUUCCACCCCACCCCCUGCCACACACACAC